AUGCAAGGAAUCGGAGCCGGCCUCCCCCAGCCCGCCCUGCGGGUGCGCUUCCCCGUGGACAGGGCCGAGCACUCGCUCGUUCAUCAGCCGACGUUGCAGAAGCUCCCGGAGCACGUUCCGGACCUGGGCGACGGCCGCAUGGACCCUCACGCGGGUUGUCGGAAAGCCCCGGCGGUGUGCGGAGUGGCGCGCCCGCAGGGGGACGCUCGGAGCAGCGCUGGCUUCACCCCGGCCUCCCGCUUCCUGCUCAGGGUCCUCCCGCAACACGUGCCUCUCCUCUCCAGCAUCCGGCUCCUGCGCUUGGGGUGGGCCAGCACAGCUGUUUGGGAGAGCAGGGAGAAGCCAGCGCCCCGAGCCCUGAGCCCGCUCGAGUGUCCAGGCAUCCCCCGGAUGCGGGAGGUGCUCAGGGGACGGAAGGCACGGAAGGGCAGCCCUGCCAUCAGACCUGCUCCUUCUGCUGCGGGCGAGGCGGAGAGCCGGCGUCAGCCCUUCGCCAAGGCGGUCACUGGCCCGAGCGUCCGUAACUCCGACGAGGGCCGCGCGCUGGGGGGACUGGGCUUCUUUGCCUGGGGUCUCUCGGGGCGCGCGGGCCGCCGCUCGCAGCCGCACGUGUUCCCGCUCGGCCACCGAGAGUCCGUGGCGAAGCUCUGGGCUGCCGGUCCAUCGUCUCCCGGCGGGGCGGACGAACGCUUUCCAGCCUGCAUCCGCGACGCCGUGUCGCAGGUGCUCAAGGGCUACGACUGGAGCCUGGUGCCCAUGCCGGUGCGCGGCGGGGGCGGCGGCGCACUGAAGGCCAAGCCUCACGUGAAGCGGCCCAUGAACGCGUUCAUGGUGUGGGCGCAGGCGGCGCGCCGCAAGCUGGCCGACCAGUACCCGCACCUGCACAACGCGGAGCUCAGCAAGACGCUGGGCAAGCUGUGGCGCUUGCUGAGCGAGAGCGAGAAGCGCCCCUUCGUGGAGGAGGCGGAGCGGCUGCGGGUCCAGCACAAGAAGGACCAUCCGGAUUACAAGUACCAGCCGCGUCGCAGGAAGAGCGUGAAAGCGGGCCAGGGCGACUCCGACUCCGGGGCCGAGCUGGGCCCCCAUCCCCGCGGCGGCGCCGUGUACAAGGCGGACGCGGGUCUCGGGGACGCGCACCACCACAGCGACCACACAGGGCAGACCCACGGGCCGCCCACCCCGCCCACCACCCCCAAGACCGACCUGCACCACGGGGGCAAGCCGGAGCUGAAGCUGGAGGGCCGCCGCCUGGCAGACAGCGGGCGCCAGAACAUCGACUUCAGCAACGUGGACAUCUCAGAGCUGAGCAGCGAGGUCAUCGGCAACAUGGACACCUUCGACGUGCACGAGUUCGACCAGUACCUGCCCCUCAACGGCCACUCGGCCUUGCCCGCAGAGCCGGGCCAGCCCGCCGCCAGCUCCUACGGGGGUGCGUCCUACUCACACUCGGGGGCAGCCGGCCUCGGGGCGUCCCCUGUGUGGGCCCACAAGGGAGCCCCGUCGGCCUCGGCGUCGCCCACCGAGACGGGCCCCCCGCGGCCGCACAUCAAGACGGAGCAGCUGAGCCCCAGCCACUACGGCGAGCAGUCCCACGGCUCCCCGGGCCGCGCCGACUACGGCUCCUACAGCGGCCAGGCCAGCGUGACCACGGCGGCCCCGGCCCCGGCCACCAGCUCCUUCACCAGCUCGCAGUGCGACUACACCGACCUGCAGGCGCCCAGCUACUACAGCCCGUACCCCGGCUGCCCCUCCAGCCUCUACCAGUGCCCCUACUUCCACCCUUCCCGUCGGCCCUACGCCUCACCCCUGCUCAGCGGCCUCUCCGUGCCGCCCGCCCACAGCCCACCCGGCAACUGGGACCAGCCCGUGUACACUACCCUGAGCAGACCCUGAGCGCGCCGCGGCCCGGCCCGUGGAGGGGACUGGCCUCGGGGAGGGAGAACCUUUAUCGGCACAGACCGGCAGAGGCUCCGGUCUUCCGGAAGGGGUGCCGUGGCAGAGGGAGGAGAGAUCACGGCUCCGGCAAGGGCCUGCUGACGUCUGUGGGAAACCGCACUGUGUGCCCGACGCCCCGUUGCUUCCAGAUCUCCACACGCCCUUCAGCCCACAAAGCCCUCCUCCUUCUCGCCCGCUCUCUCCGGUGACUGGCGACUCUGGACGAGGGGCGGCCAUUGGGCCCUCUUCCCUGAAGACGCAGCCUUUUGGUUUUGCAUUUCCGUGGACACAAAGCAGCCACAGCACAAAACAGAAAGGAGGGAAGAGGCGUGGGGGCUCUGUGUCCCAGGGUCCCCGCCAGCCUCGCGCCGGGAACCCAGGGGACCAACGGGCGCCGGCGCCGCAGGGCAGCGCCACCCACCGCCUGGCGAGAACGCGGCUGCAGGGGCCCCUCUCGGCGCGGGCCCCUCAGAUCCGGGGUGCUCCCACAGCGCAGGCUCUUCCUGGCAAGGUUUGGCUGUGACUAACGCUUCCCUCUUUUUAUUUUUUUUUAAUUUUUAUUUUUGAAGCUUAAACACGUUCGAUUUGUUUUGGAAGCUGUUGAAAUGUAUUUAUGUUCUGUAUUAUUUUAUCUUUAAUUAACGAAGCGAUUUGUGCAGAAAGUAGAAUUUCAGACAAAACGGAGGCUGGGUCGCUGAGCACCAGGGCCAGGAGGACGUGCGGGGUGGGGACCCGGGGAUCCGGGCCCCUGGGAGGCGGCCGGGCCCCCGGGGGAGGACACGGGGUUGGCUGGUCGUGUCUGUGACUGGGCUGGGGUGCCGUGGCCCCCGUGUGAGGGCGAGGCUUAGCGGGCAUGGGUGUCCCUGGGCUGCAUCCCUGCCCGCACCUGUGCCAAGUGGGGGACGGGAUUUCCUGGGAGGGGGUGUCUGGAGAAGCCCGUUAAUCUCGGCUCUUAGGACUCAGACGCCACCUACAAGCUGUGAAACUAAAACCUUCUCCACUAAGUGUUUAGAGUCUUAGCUUCAGACAAAUAAUCCCUGGCGCACGCGGACUGCUGCUUCUGUGUUCCGAGCAACGGUAACUGCCUACUUCACGGAACUUGUGCCUUUAAAACUUUGUACGUUUGAAGACCUCUGAGAAGUUGCUUCUUUGUACUUUUUCUACUUUUUCCUACCUUUUUCUAGAAGAGAAGAAUUUUUUUUUUUGCAUAUCUCUUUCUGGGGGUGGGGGCAGGGAACUACAGCGAACUCAUUUUGAUGCAAAACCCGUUGUUUCGUGGAGUUUGGGCUUCCGCUGUCACUUACCCGCUGUGUUCCGCGACUUUCUGACCAAGCAACGCUAACUUUUGUACAGACCAAUUUGAUAAAAUUAAAAAAAAAAAAGCGCUUUUUAUCUA